UUGUUUGGUCGAGAAGCCGCCGGGCCACCUAGAACAAAACUAAGGGAACAAGUGCUAUUGAGUCCCGAGUGCCUGAGAGUGCGCAAGUGAUUUAUGAAAAGUGCGUUCUGUUUCGCAGCGAUAUCGUUAUCAUCCAUGUUGUACAACCACCACCACCACCACCACCGCUACUGCCGCCAGCAGAACGGUGAGAUACCACCACCGCGGCCAUGAGUGUUCUCCACCACAAUGGGUGCACCACUUGCGGAGAGUACUGUUCUGUUCUGUUCCGAUCGAUGAAUGAAUAAUACGCGUGUCGCUGUCGGCCCUCACUCAUUGUUGCGCUACAAUUCGAUAGAAUUUAAUAAAUGUCCAAAAGAACAAUUAAAUCAAAGUGAACAACGUGUCAUCAUAAGCGCCAAACCGCCAAACAAACAAACAAGCCAAUUAAUUGCCUACAUGUGUAUGUGUGUUCGUGUGUGUGAUCUUGUGUAUGAUAUAUAUCGGGGCCGGAAUUAGAACGAAAACGAAAUCCCCAAAAUACAUAAACUCUAAGAAAAACAAAAACAAGAAAAGCGGACACAAAUAAAUUUAAAUGUCGCGCAGUUGUUCGUUAAUGGUAAAUAGCCACCACCAGCACAACCACCGCCACCGCCAUCAGCAUCAGCACCGAAACUAAUCAAAAUAUUUGGUGCCAUCCUUGUUCUUUUGCGUAAUUUUCGUUAAUAAUUUCCCCCAUCCCAACCUCCGGAAACAACCAAGAACAAAAAAAUAAAAAAGAGAAACAACAUCGCAUUCAGCUAAGGAACGGGCACAGAGACUUAUGCAACAACCAGAACAGCAGUAGUAGCAGCAGAAAAUUGCCCAAAACAGAUACCCAAAUUGUCGGUGCACAGAGACACCGCCGAUUUAGAAGAACGUUCCUAGCCGUCGUCGUUGUCGUCGCCGAUUACAUAUGAACAACAACAUUUGUUUGAGUGUUCGUAGAGAAAGUCCACUGUCCCGGCCAGCACUCAGGUAAUUGAAGAGCCACACACACACACACGCGCAAUUGAAGACACAGCAGAAGCAGUGAAGGAGUGAGGCAAAAGUGUGCAGAGGCAAGGAUGCCCAACUACCGUCAGAAGAAUCGUAAUCGCAAUAAAAAUAAAAAUCGCAAUAAACAACAACAGCAGCAACAGCCCCAAGCUCAACAAGAAGAGUCGGUGACACCAUCCGACACCAGCACCAGCACCAACGCCGUCGUCGCAGCCGCAUCAGCCGGCGAAUGUACCACUGUACAUACUUCGUUCACCGCUGAAUCACCAUCGACAACUCACUCGCCCCCGCCGCUAUCACCAUCACCACCACCAGAAGUGACACCGGCCGACGCGCCACAAGAGAAUGUCAACCAUGGCAAAGAGACAGAAAUCUCUGAAAAUGCGUCUGUUGCAUUGAAUGAGGACCAUCAGAGCAACGUCAUCGCACAGUGUGGCACAGUUUCCGCCGAACCAGCAACGAAGUGUAAUCAAAGUCCACCGCCAAAAUGUAAUAGCGCGAGUGAUCAAAAGAUGGGCAAUGAAAAGUCAAAGCUAAGCAAAAGCCAUGACCACCUAGAAGGGGAGAUAACCCAGUCGCCCCAGCUACCGCCUCUGACACCAACGGCGAGUCAUCGGCCACAGGCCAAAGUAAUAGUGCAUCGUAUCGUGUGUGAAGAUUCGGUGACACAGGAGGCACCAGUGCAAUCCAAAAGCGCGACACGGGAAACAAGUGAACAAACAGACAAAAAUAGCGAAAGUAUCAUUAAAACAGACAAACUCUCUCUUGAAAAGGGCACUGACCAGGACACUGGUAGAGUCAGAGCCAAUAGUGAAGGCGAGGUCACUCAAAAAAAAGUGACCGUGAUAGUGCAUAAAAUCCACGUGGAGAACAGUGAUAGCGACAAUGAGACCGGCAACAGCAGCACCCCUUUGGCUCUAUCGCCGGUCCACAUUGAGGAGGUCGGAGGUGACGAGUGCCUCACCGACGUCGAGGAACUCAGAUCGCCCAUUGUCAGUGAAGUGGACUCGGCGGCCGAGGGCGAAGAUGGAGAUUUCGAGCAAUCCUCAGACGUGGAGAUGCAAUCGAUGUCUUUGUCGCAGCGCGAGAAACGUAAGCAGAAGCGCAUAGCGCUUGAAAAUCAUUUUCUGCCCCAAAUGCUUAAUCCUCGAUUCCUCGAUAGCAUUACCGAGGAGAACAGCGAUUUAAGUGAAUGCGGAGAUAUUCCCCUGUCGCGAUCGGCCUCGGCCGAGAGUGCGCCCAACAGCAAUGAACAAAAAGCCCAAAAAUUGAAUGCCAAAUACCCCAAAAGUUCCCUGGAUUUCAGUAAGACUCACAAACACACCCCAUCCCUUAGUACCCAACAGGCCAGUGGCAGUCCCAUACGCGAAGAACCCUUGGCCUUUGCCGUCGAGGCUCGCCUCCAAGAAUCCCCAGCCGCUGAUGAAAGUUGCACGACUCUAAAAAGUUUUCUCUCGCCCGAAGCCGAGCUGGCCGAAAUGGUUUUCAUCAAUUCGGCGUCCAGCAGCAUGUCCGACCUCAAUGACAUGGACGCAAUGGAACGCACCUCGCUUCACUCGACCCCAUCCGUUGUUUUCGAUCUGGACACCGAUGCCAAAGAUCUGAUAAACAAACCCCCCAACGAAAGCGAGAACAACACAGAAUUGACAUCAUCAUCGUCAUCAUCACUGGCGACGGCGGCAUCCUCUGCUGCUGAAUUUCCUCCAACAAUCGACACACAAAACAAAGGCGGUAUUUUUGUAAACAACAAUUCGCAAACACCGUCAUCGUCGUCAUCACCUGCUAUUCAUCAGCGGCCAGAUCAGUCAGAUCAGCCACAACAUCUAGCCGAUGGCAACAAAGAAGAGCAAAUUCCACAGUCGUCGACGACGGCCGCCAUGCUCUUCUCUUACGGUUCCGGUCAGCAGAUGCUCGCCAAUGAUGAUGAUGCUGCUGCGGCGGCCAUAGCUGCCGCUGAGCGCCUGUUGUCAGACACUCAAGCGAGAUUGCUCGAAACUAGUUGCGAUUCGGUACAUACAAGUAGUGUUAGUAGUUUACGUGCGGAUAAAAACGCGAAACCACCACCAGAGGUUGCUACGGAAAACGUACAAAAAAAUAUGAAUACGGUGCGCGAGUUAAUAAACGCGGAUAGCACACAAACGCCAAAUGCAAACGGUAAUGGCAACAGUAGCAACAACGCACCGCUCAGUGGCGGUGUUGUUGUACGUUCACAAAUCCAAAGUCAGAGUACGUCGCAGAUAUUGCGUGGAUCACCAUCACCAUCACCCCCUCCAAUCCCACCUCCACCCAGAAGCUUUGAGUUCGAAGCUACCAAAGGAGCGCUGCCUCUUAAUGUGCAAAAUGUCGAACAGCACAACGGCCAAAACAAAGAGGCAGACAAACUGCAGCAGCUUUCAUCAGCACUCUCCCUACCCACCUCCACCUCCACCUCCAACACCACUGUCCCAAUCGUGGCCUCUCCCUUGUCCUCAAUGACUCGGCAGGAGUCCUUUGAAUCCCAUUGCUCCGAUAGCACCACAUUUAGCCAGUGUACAGCCAUAAAUGUCGAUGCCACCCACAGCCAGGCAACUUCUGACUACCCAUCCUCAAUUUCAGAUCUCAAAACAACAACAACAGCAGCUACAGACACCACAAGCCAACACACAGAGCGAGAAGAGCUGAGAAGUGCAAGUCCUACCGAUCCCAAGAAACUGCGUUUGCUAUGUGCCGAGACCUUGGCCGCUCUGCCGUAUGGUGGUGAAGUCUUGGAAGAGUUAGCAUCUGUGGCCCAAAAUAUUGGCGAAGUGCGGGCUGUGAAUGUGGUCAAAACACACACCACCACCACCACCACCACCAGUACACACACCACAUUGAAACGCGACACCAAUAUGCCCUAUCCACCACCCGAGUUGCCGCACAUUGACGAUUUGCGGCUGGCCCUGGGCAAAAGCCUUAACGAGAAUGGGGUUGGCCAAAGGCCCCCAUCACCCAAACAUCCAGAGUCUUGGUUGGGUGUGCCUACCACAUCCGAUCCCAAGGUCUUGGUAUGUCUAUCGCCAUCGCAGCGCUCCUACAUGGAUCAACAGCAGCAGCAGCAGCAGAUGGUCACAAAGACAACCGUCACAAAGGAGUCCCAAAAGCCGGACGACUUGCUGGAUGCCCAUCAGAAGUUUGUCGAGCGUCGCGGCUACCACGAGUUCUCUAAGCAGCAACUGGCAUCCAUGGAGCAGGAGAAGGCUGCCGAACAGCAGCUGCUCCAAACUGCAGCAAUGAUGAAGAAAUUACGUAAAAGUCUAACACCUCCACCACCCCAAAUUCCACCGCCUCCCGUGCCAGCGAAGAGUAGCGAAACGGCCACAAUAGCACAAAAUCUAUCCAAACGAUCAAUACCAGCACCAACGUCCAUUAUCGCUGCCUCCGCCGCCGGCUCUACGACGGCACACAUAGACAAAGGCAGCUAUGACGUCACCGCCUCGAAUGAGGCUGAUAAAACAACAACCGCCAGCCGCGAUGGAGAAGAGAACAACAAGCACCGUUUGUUAUCUAUAAUACAAGAUACGAGCGAUUCUCAAUCAAUUCGCGGCCCACAACAAGAACAACAACAACAACAACAACCUGAGCAGCACAACAACCAGCAGCGGCAGCGGCAGCUAGUACAAACGGCAAAAGCAGAGACAGCAACAUCAUCGUUUGAAAAUAACUCAAGGCAAAUAACAAGUAUUCCUCAGCAGCUGCAACAACAGCAACAAACACAACAGCCACAACAACAUCCAGCAACACCUCAGCAAUCCAAACCAUCCACUUUCAUCGUUCCAAUAGCAUUAACCAACGGAUCUUCGUCCAAGUCAUACCAGAAUUUCCCUCAAUCCACGGCAGGUGGAAGCAUGCAGAGUGUCGAAUCGAGUCUGGGUGAAAUGUUCCCCACCCUGGGAUCCUCCAACAUAUUCGAUAAGGAGCAAAAGCGCUUCUCGAACAUCGAGUCCUCCAGCACAAGCAGUCAACAGCUUCAACAAGCCCUCAUGGAUGCCAAACCCAAACGCUUCUCCAGCAUAGAGACUCAUUCGUACGAGAGCCAGAAGCGCAUCGAAAACGGUCAAGUCGUCCACGACUAUUCCAACUCCCAGCAUGACAAACAGCAAUAUGGCGAUGCACCACCUCCCACCUUCCCCACAAGGGCUGCCUUUGCAACAGGAUCCGAGGCGUCCAGCUUUGGUGGCAGUCCCCAGUGUCCAGCAUCAGAGCAGUCAUCGCUAAAGAACAUUCGGAUGGCCGAUGAAAAGGCGAAAACAGAUGACCACCACGAAAUUAUGUCAGCUUUAAAUUUAAACAAUCAUUCUUCGGCAUCAUCAUUGAACAACAAUAACAGAAUGGCAUCCCACAACAUCACCUCUACCGCGAGCAGCAGCUUUUCCACCAUCGCGAGUGCCCCUACCGCCGCACCCGCACCCGCAGCCACCACCACCAAACAAAGGAACGAAAAUUCUCAGAAGAGCCUCAGAGAUGAAGUAGAUUUCGUAAAACAAAAACAAUUUGAACAACAGCAACAACACUCACAACAGCAUGAGAAUGCCUCCGAACGAAUGACAGCAGUUCGUAGUGGCAUAGAAGAUACUUAUGAAGAAUUUAGGCAACGUGCCAAGGAAGCUGCCGUCGCCACUGCCACCGACAAUGCCCACAUAUUUCCCACAGCACAGCAAGUAACCUCGAACGGGCAAUCGAAUACGAAUGGCAACGGUGUAAUUUCAUCAUCGCCCUCCGUGACCACCGCCACCGCCACCUCCACCAACGGCAAUAAAACACUUUUCCAACAUGACCAUGAAAAGCUCUUCAAAGAAUUUGAUGACCUCUCCAAGCAGCUGCACAAGGAGCUGGAGUCUAGCAAAAUCCAGAGGGAGCAAAAGGAGCGCUCUGCUUCUCUGUUCGAUCUGAACCGCAUUCACUUGCGUCAAAAGGAGCAGAUAGAGGAGUUCAACAAGAUGCGCCACGAGCACAUGAGCGAAUUGGAAAAGGAAAUUGAACGUUCCAUGCAGUCGCGUAAGCUGCGGAUGAGCAGUAUGGAGCGCUCCCUCAGCAGUGGCAAUGCCCCGUAUGCACGAACCUAUCAAAUUCCCAUACACAUCGAGAACGGAGCAAAUGCCAUGCAGCAGCAAAUGCCGCCCAGCAGCAAUGUUGAUGACACGCCACCACCACCCGUUCCCGAACCUCCACGAACCUAUGAAAUUCCCAUACAAAUGGAAAAUACGGGGGCAUCCUACUUGCAGAAUAACACAGCGGAUUCCCGCUUCCGCCGUUCGGAAUCGAUGUUCAAUUUGAGCGAUGAGGGUCGUAGGGUGCGCACCUACAGUGGCACCACUCAACGGCGUGAGGACGAUUGGUCCAAAUAUGCUAGCGAUUUGGGAUCAUCGGAAAAUAUUGCGCGUCCUUUUGCACGGGAGGUGGAAAUCUGCUAUCAGCGCAGACCUGGAGGCAUUAGAGCUCCUCGUCUCACUGCUUCCACCAAUGAUUUGUCCUGCAAUUCUCAGUCGUACGAUCAGUACAAUGCCUACAACGUUCGCCGAUCUCAAGCGCCCAUGCUCAACCGAGCGCCCCAACAAAAUCGCCCCCACUACGGCAGUUGCUAUUCGAUGAUCGAAAGGGAUCCCAAUCCCAAAUACAUAAGCACUACAUCCCGCCGAGGUGUGUCUCCAGCCCCACAGCCCUCAGGAUUCCACCCCAUCGAUGUGAACGUGAGCGAGGAGCAAAUGCAUCAGCGCCGAGCCUCAUUGCCACGGGAAAUUCACGAACAGCAAUUGAAGUACAUUGCCACCAAGGAGGAGCAGCUACGCACUGAGAUCGAGCGCCUGGAGAAAGAGCGCCGCCGUCUUCUGGAAGAAGCUAAUCGAGCACCUGCCAUGCCUAUGCCCCAACCCUCAGCGCGUCCGUUGCGAGAGGCAUAUCGCAGCGUUCCCAAACUGCCCACUUUAACCGAAGAUGAGGUCUUCAGACAACAAAUGGCCGAAGAAUGGUUGAACAAGGUGGCCGAGCGUGAGAACCGACGCUUGCAGAACAUAAUCAAAAUAUCGAAAGUGCACGAAGAGGAGUCGGCCGAACACAAGGCUAAUGAAAAGAAUCUAGGCGACGAGUUUUUGAAUCGGGUCAAGGAGAGACGUACAAAACUUUCAAUGCCUGCCGACAGUGACUGGGAGUCGGGGGCCGAAUCCCAUCCCGCCAAUCAAGCGCAAUUUAGCGAAUCCGAGGAUGGGCCACCCGUCAAGAUACUCGAGGGCGACCACGAAGCUAAUCUACGCAGUUUGCCGCGGCACUUGCGCGAAUUCGCAAAGUUUUCGAAUCACCAGCGUGAUGAAAUCGAAGGAGGCCAUCGGGAGCAACAUCAAGAGGAGGAGCGUUCCCAGGAGGCAACUGAUAACUCGCUCAGUCAGUCUUUUAAGAAAUCCACCGUGGUGAGGACGGUGAAAAAUAUAAGGGCUCCAAUGCUACCGGAUAAUGGCGGACACGUUGCCAAGAGGCCUUAUAUUAAAGCCAAAGAGAAUCACAUACCACAUCGCAGUAAAGAUUAUCGUAACACUGAGCGACCCACCGCAGAUCUUGGGGCUGUCAAGAGAUCGAAAAAGCAAACACGCUUCGUAUUGCCCUCGAAUCGUCGUAGCUGGUCCGAGAGUGAUUUGUUGCAAGAAAUCGACAAGGAACUGAAAUUGGCCAAAGGAUUUCUCUUUCAAGAUGAAAAAGCCCAAUCCCCCAGCAUGUUUGCACCGAAAUUCAAGGCGAAGGCUCCCUCUGGAUCAGGCAUUUGGUCUCCAAAAAAUCAAACACCAUCAUCCUCAAUUUCGAAUCUGAGUGACAUUAAAUCAACGCCGCCGACUCCACCACCAUUACCAUCACACUCUGUUUGGACACCGCAGCAGUCACCUCAAUCCAGCCGCAAGGAGUACAAGCCGGUACACUUUGAGUCUCCGAUUCUUUCGCGCCGUCGCCUGCAUUCCUCAUCCUCGGACUCACCACUGCCACCUUGGAUUUAUAAGAACGCCGGCAUUCAAAGUCCAAAUAGUUGUAUGAAUCUAAGUACGCCGCCGUCUACGACAGCCCAAGAUCAGGAUUCAACAGACUUUGUACCCUUCGGUGGACGUUCUGCAAGUGUUUUGGACAAAAUAAAAACUUUCGAAAGGUCUGCUUCAGCUUCGGACUUGUAUGUGCGCCCCCAAACUAAACGUCUCACCAAUAAAGGCCGACCUCUCUGCCGACCCAAUGAAGUCAUUUAUAACGUCAAGCUCGAGUAUAUGAGUGAACCGGAAACGGAAAACGAUCGCCCAAGAAAAAUGGCCCAGUUGGGCAGGCGUCAGUACGAUGGCAUCGGCCCGAUGACAGUGGACGGCAUGCCCAUUAUCCUGAGAUCGGAAGUAAAGGAACCACACCAGCACGAAUGGUACAAACGUUUAUAUCAGACCAUCCACAAGCAGAAACAUGGCGAUGAUUAUGUGAUCCGCUACAAAUAUCCAAGAGGUCGUAAUCCAGGCAAAACCAAUGGUUAUUUGUCCGAACCGGAGCCAAGUUAUGAUUCUGACUAUUCCACCGUUAAGUAUCGUCCUGUGAACACGCAGCGUUUGCAUUCGGUUUCGUCGGCAUUGAAUGUGCGCAGUAGCAACGACAAGAUUUAUGGUACAUUGCCAAAUCCUGUAAAAGCAGGAGUAAGCACGUACAAAAAUCAACCAGGUCGUAUAGAAGAUUACGUCACUGGUCAUUCAUCGAUUUCCGAAAAGGAAACGAAAGAAUGGUGGGACGAAGUAAUGGACAUCUUUAAUGUGUGGCUUCAGGAACACUCCCAUAUUCCAUCGAUAAUAAUUAAGUUUUGCGAUAACAAAAAUGCGGGGCAUCAACUGGAUCAAGCCAAGCUUUCUUCUCGCUAUACCGAAGGAAAUCUAUCUAGAGCAUUGGCCAAGGAAUCCGGUUAUACCAGCGACUCAAACCUGGUGCUACAUAAAAAGGAGCUUCCGCCGAAUAGUCCACUGAGUCCGGUUGAGCAAAGGCAGGCCUACAAGCAGGUGCAAGCGGGAGGAGAGCCGCCACUGUUUGGCUUCCGCAAGCCAGCACCAGAAAAAUCAAGAGAUUACGAUUUACCAUGUCCCAAACUUCCACCACCCCCCAAGAGUGAAUUGACAGAUCAAGUCUCACCCAAUCGUUAUUAUGAAUCGGACGUAAAUAUUCAUUUUAAAACACCGGUACGCCAAGAAUUCAAAUCACCCCUAUCCGAAGAGGAGUUGGCCAUGCGCCAAGCUGAACAAAUGCAAAAAUUGUAUCAAGAAGAGAGACGCCGCAAAUAUCUACAAGAGCUCCAAGAUAUGAAUUCACGUCGUCACACGGACAAUUUUACGCCUUCGCAAAAAUCACCCAUUGCCUUGAAUCGCUACGAUGAUUUCCCAGCUGACUUGGCACCCAAACCACAAAAUCAAAGCAAAUCCGUGGCAAGGGCUCUGUACAAUUUCCAGGCUCAGAAUUCAAAAGAACUGAGCUUUAAGAAAGGUGACAUCAUUUUCAUAAGGCGAGCAAUCGAUAAGAAUUGGUAUGAAGGUGAACACAAUGCCAUGAUUGGUUUAUUCCCAGCAAAUUAUGUAGAGGUCAUCAACAAGGACUCUAUGCCUAUCCAGGUUCAUCAUACUAGCCGCAGCAAACCAUCUGAAGGUCAAGCAAGAGCAAAAUACAACUUCCAAGCACAAUCAGGUGUAGAGCUGUCAUUAAAUAAAGGCGAAUUGGUAGCCCUAACCCGUCGAGUCGAUGAUAAUUGGUUUGAGGGAAGAGUAGCCAAUCGCAAAGGCAUAUUUCCCGUUUCCUAUGUAGAGGUGCUGACGGAUAUUGGUGCUGAGGAUAUUGCCGCCAAAACUACAACAGUACAACAAACGAGCAUCGUCAAUGCUCGCCCCUCUUUGGAUGCUAUGCGCACAAACAUUAACAAUGAAUUCAACACCUUGACACGCAACGGAGUUCAAGCUCCCAAUUCCAUACUAAGAGAAACCAGAACUAACCACAAAACCGAUAUUUUGCAUGUCGACACAAGUUCUGAACCCCUGGUUUAUCGUGCUCUUUACAAAUACCGUCCCCAAAAUUCAGAUGAAUUGGAACUGUUGGAAGGUGAUAUUGUUCAUGUUUUGGAAAAAUGUGACGAUGGCUGGUAUGUGGGAACUUCACAACGUACCGGCUGCUUUGGAACAUUUCCAGGAAACUAUGUUGAGAGGCUGUAGGAAACGUCCAUCGCCAAUCUACGCUUCUGCCGCGGCGUAGCUUAGUUUAACUUAGUUUCGAUAUACAAACACAUUGAAAAUAUACUCGAUAUGAUUUUACCAAUGUAAUUGUUAUGAUGUGUUGUUAUAUAUUUUUUGAAAUUUGUACUUUGAAUGCAAAACGCAAACCAAAUCUUCUUCUUAAUCGUCCCAUUUAAUCUAAUGUCAAUGUCCUAGACGACAAAAGCAUAUACGGGUGCAUAUUCGCUCGAGCCCCUAUUGUAAUACUGAGUGAAUGUAGUAACUCGUCCGAUAAUUAAUUUUUGUUAAGAAACAACAACAGCUACAACAAAUGUUUUGUUCAAUUUUCCCAUUGCACCUUAAGAAUUUCCUAAAAAAAAAAAAAAAUCAUAUAUAUAUAUUUAUUAAUUAAUUAAUUGUUUUCUUUUACUUUUUUUGUGUAUUUUUGUUUUAACUAGUCAAAGCUAAAAUCCCAAAUAUAUUUUGAUUUUAUUUCAUUUUUUUUGUAAUAGUUUUAAAUUAUUUAUUAUGUUGAGGUCUAAGUGUACCGUACCAUCUAAUAAUAUAAUGAUAAUAAUUAUCUUACAAAAUAAUUAUAAAAUACUUAAUUGAUCCGUUUUGUUUCCUAACCAAAUAAAAACAAAUAAAAGCCACAGAGAAAUUAUUUAUUUACAUAAAUAGCACACACAGACAAACACACACACACACACACACCCACAUCCACAAACCGAUCUACACAUGUAUGUAUGCGGUGCAUACAGAAUGCAUAGUGUAUGCUGUGCGGUAAUAUAUUGUUAAAGCUAUUCGAUGCAAAUACCUAUCUAGUUAAACAGAAAAAAAAAAACAAUGCAGAACAGAAACUCAUCUAGAUGUUAACACUAAGAGGAGGCCUUAUUUUGUUUCCCUAAGCGAAGCAAUGCAAAGGAUUUUAGCAAACUCACACCCCCCCACACACACACACACACACAACAUAUCUUCUACAGUGUAUCCAUACAUGCAGGUCAACCUACAUAGGCAUACUACUAUCGAAUAACAACAACAUUUUAUGUAACUAUUUAUGAACCGAAACCGACAACAAUAAAAUACAAAUUCACAAUCAUUUGCAAAA